ACUACGGAGGAGUUCAUUCAUUCCUUAUUCUGUUACCAACCACACCGAAUUGCUGAGUGCAUACUUUUGCACUGACAUUGCUCCACAUUUCGCACGACGGUUGUUCUUCUCGCAUCAUCUUCCUCUUCUCUCUUCUGGCAGAUAUUACAUAACAAUCUCCCCAAAAUAUCUUUGGAACCGAACUUGCCCGAACACAGUGUUGCAACUUGCAAGAGUAUUGUCAGGAGGAGAGUAUUGGACGUGUUUCUCAGCCCUGGUGAACUUUAAUGACGGCCCGGCACCACAAGAAGCAUCGUCAAGAACAUAAAACACGCUGCAAGUCUCGCCUCGUCUCCUGCUGCUUCUUCUACUCUUUUGCUGGAGUCUAGUCCAUUUCCUUUCUAAUCGUGAGGCCAAGAUUAUCAGUCAACAAGAAACGAAUGUACAUAUGCAUAUUGAAGGUAUUACAACGGUCAGUAUUACUUUUACUCGCUCAUUGCUCGUCAAGAAUUCGCAUAUUGAUUUUCGAUCACCUCGUUGGAUGUAUGUUUUUCUACUGAUCUUGUGUGAGACGUGAAUUAUUUAUUUGUGCCAACAACUUCCGAUGUGAGAUAAUAACCAAGUAACGAGAAAUCUGUACAACGUACAAAAUAAUCGGAAUUCAUAGUGAGUCAUUUUCAUUCACAUCAAAUUGUGAGGACAUUAGCAGAGCGAAUCGUACGUAUCGUGAAACCACCACGCGAGGGAUUAUUCUACUUGAGUGCAUAUCGUUUUACGUAUAAUGAGCAGUACUUUUGCCCUCAUCGAAUUUCUACGUUGUGGAUUUAUUUACCAGUCACAAAAGAAAAACGUAAUCAAUAGUCACAAGUAUUAAGCACAAGUCGAUUAACUCUAAGUCGAAGCUGUAUUAUUACUACUCCGUUCUUGUUGGAUCGAUUUGCUCCUCUUCCGCCACGAGAAGAAGAUUGAAGCCAUAAUUAAUUGAUUGAGCCGAAUAAAAUAAUGUCUCGCGAGAGGAUGAAUUCUUCCCCAGAAUACGUAGGGCCCAACCAACCCGGCUUUCGACCUCGUUUCCGUCGACGAACCAUGUCCAUUGAGAACACGAGUCUCACCGAGGUCAUCACCAUUUAUGAGAAACUCAAAAAAUCCCGUGACCAUGAUCCGACCUCCACUUCGGAUGUCUUUCGUCCCUCCACCACACAUUUCGGGUUUGACAUUGAGGAAUCGGAUUUUGAAGAAUCAGUACCACUCGAACCAUUCAACGCUCAGGGGAGUGGUCCGGGUGGGAUGUGGUCAACCUUGUCUUCGGACCAUCCUGUCCUCGGGGCACAAAAAGUACUAGAUUUCAACAAGUUUAAGAACAUGCAGAAUCUGAAAUAUCUCUAUUUUUCCUCACCCACUGGACUCAUCCAAUCCCCGACCAUUGAAGACUUGAAGUUUUCCAGUUCGAACGAGAAUUUUGAGACGGGAGGAUCCACGGACAUGAACUACGUCAAACUACUCAAGUCGAAGCAGUACUGGUUGAACAUAACUGACCCCUCCGAAAAGGACUUGGCCCUCCUCAACUCGGCCUUCAACGUGCAUGACCUCACUCUGCGGGACAUACGUGAUGGGUUCACGGAGGAAAAGAUCGAGGUGUACAAACACUACAUGUUCAUCUCCUUGAGACUGCUGUCCGAAAAUGACACGUCUAGUCACAGGACGCACUCCAAGAAAAAGCCGGGCCUAAAUAAUCAUCAUCUCAACAACAUCAAGACUGGUGAAUCCCCAGACAAUAACGAGUCAGUAUUUUUGAACGUGGGUGGAGACGACCUUGGAGACAACGUGUCGAUCGGGUCGUCUUCAGCAUCGUCCUCCGAGGAGAAGGACCCCAUGCCUCCCAUCGAGGACGUGGACUUUAACAUUCUCCUCUUCUCAGACUUUAUCAUCACGGUUCACGACAAGAACUGGGGCAGUAUUAAGGACGUUCUGGGGUUCCUCAGUUUGCUAUGCACAUAUGGAAAUUCAAUUCUGUCACCGGAUUGGGUCCUCUUCUCAAUCUUUAUAGAACUUGCCCAAGAUGCAAAGUACAGUGUCAACUACAUGGAGCCCAAGAUCCUGAAUGCAAAAAUCGCCGAGACGGAGAGUGAGAACAGUUAUGUUUCAGGGAUCGAGCUAUCUCGCGUUCUCCGAAAGAACUUCCAGUACGAGUUUGAAAUUUACAAAAUUUCUCGUUUUGUGAAGCCCAAGAUGAAUAUUUUGAGACUACUUAAACUCAAAUGCAACAAAAGACUUAGUGGAACUGUGAUCAAACUGUUGUCAAAUAUUUGUACAGAAUUUGAAGAGUUGCUGGACGACGUGAAGCACUUUAGUCACAUACUCGAACGGUCACAAGACACAUUUCUAACCAUGGCAAGUGUUCAACAGAGCCAAGAAGCUAAUGAGAUGGGAAAAGUGAUGAAACGAAUUUCAGAGGUAGCCCUUAUCUUCCUUCCGAUUCAGGCGAUCGGUGGGUUUCUUGGGAUGAAUGUUAAAGUACCGUUUCAAGCAGACGUUGUUGACUCUACAUUACCUUUCUGGCUCAUAGUUUUGUCCUCCAUUGUCCUCGCCAUCGCCCUAUUCUUCCUCAGAAAGUAUAUUCUAAGCCAUCAGGGCUCCUACAUCCCCAGCUGCUUUAGGAAAUGCAGACGUCGAUAGUCUAAUAAAUAUGUGUAGUCUCCCCACCCCACCAAUCCCAAUUGAUGUUACUACCACCCCUUAUUUAUCAUGAUUCUUACAUUUAUAUUGAAUUUCCUUUUUGUUGUUGAAUCUAACGUGACCUAUGUUGUGGUUGAAAAAGUUGAUAUAUUAUGAAACACCAAUUGUGAUGCAAAUGUACAUUAUGUAGUUGACAAAUGCAGAUAAAUUUUAAUGAUCUAUAUUAUUAAUUGUUCCGUUAACGCAAUAAAGUUAAAAGAGAGUCGAGUACUGGACUGA